UAAUAACAUUUGCAUUUGUUAAAUUAUUUUACUUCACUCUAUUGGGGUUUGAUAACAAUUGGAAGGAAAACUUGCUUUUCCAUCUGUUUGGUUGCUGAGAAAAUGUGGUAAAAGAAGGGCAGGUAAUUGAUGUUCAGGUAAUAACAUUUGCAUUUGUUAAACCCUUUUGCUUCAUUUGAUCGGAUUUUGAUAACAAUUGGAAGGAUAAAUUGCUUUUUCAUCUAUUUGGUUGCUGAGAAAAUGUAGGAGAAGUAAAGGAAGCAAAUUGAUGUUGAUGUAAUAUAUUGCAUUGGUAUGAUAGGUUAGUUGAAAAAGGAAUCCCUUUUCUUUAAGAAAGUGUGCGUGUGUGAGAGAGAGAGGACAUGGUAUUUCAAUUUAUUUGCAUCAACGAUAUUUUAGGCAGAUGACAAUGUACUUUCUUCAUGCUGAAAUCGAUAUAAUCUACACUGAUUAAAUAAUCAGGUUUCAUAAUUUUCUGAAAAAUGAGAAAAGGGUUGAAGGAAGAUGAGAAAAGCGAAAGAACAAUUCGCAGUCUUUUAAAACUUCCCGAGAAUAAAAGAUGCAUCAACUGCAAUAGCUUGGGACCGCAAUAUGUUUGCACGACCUUCUUGACAUUUGUCUGUACAAAGUGUAGUGGAGUACAUCGGGAGUUCACUCACCGAGUAAAAUCAGUGUCAAUGGCUAAAUUUAAUGCAGAAGAAGUUAGUGCACUUCAAGCAGGGGGAAAUGAGCGAGCAAGACAAAUUUAUUUUAAAGAAUGGGAUCCUCAGUACCAUUCUUACCCUGAUGCCGGUAAUCUUCAUGGACUCAGGAGUUUUAUAAAGCAUGUAUAUGUUGAUAGAAAAUACACUGGCGAGAGGAGUGUCUACACUGGUGAGAGGAGUAUCUACACUAGUGAGAGGAGUGGCAACAAGCUCCCAAUGCUGCGAUUGAGCACUGAGGAGUCUGAUGAAAACCAGAAGGUUGGUGGACAUCGUAGUGGAUCCAGGAGCUUCCAUGAUGAUGACAGGUUGGAACGGAGUAAUAGUAAUAGUCCAGGAGGAAGAAGUUUAAGAUAUUACUAUAAUGAAAGAAGAAGUCCUCGAUAUUCUCCAGAAAACUCAAGAAGUGGUGGUUUUAUAAGACCUCCUCUACGUUUUGAGAUUGUUGAUAACAGGAUUCGGGGGGAAAAACGUGGAUCCUCAAGUGGAGAAUCCAAGGUCCAAAGCAGGACACCAGACAAUAAGACCGCAGAAAGGUCCCAUUCUCCUGUUGUGCCCCCUGUUAAAGAUAAAUUACGAGAAAACGUGCCUCCUCCACAGGUUGGUGAAAGUUCCACAGCAAAUCAGAAGGAUACUGAUGGUUCUGCUCAUAAUCAGAAAACCAAAUCUACUGGUGGUCAGGAUGGGAAUGCGACCGAACAAAAUAUAGUAAGCUUGAUUGAUUUCAAUACUGAUUCCGAGCCCCCACAUGCUACAGAAUCACAAUUGCAGCAAACACCUCCACCCAAUGAGGAUAACAACUGGGCCUCAUUUGGAUCAUCUACAACGGAGAAGGCACCUCAAGUUCCAAAUGCAGACCCUCUGGAGUCUUUGCUGUUUGAAUUGUCAACUCCCUCAUGUGUUCCUGUGAGUAAUGCAUCUGAGACACCACAUAAUGAUGGUGCUCCGUCAACUGCAUCUAUAAACACCAUGCCUGCAGGUGGUCAUUCCCCAGCUGAUGCAGGUCCUGUGCAAGAUCUUGCUAUUUUUGUGGUGACACCACUGUAAAAAGUGCUGAUGAGAAGCAGUUAGUACUAAGUACACAGCAAGAUCAGUCGUCUAUAUCCUUCACCGCAGAUAGCGGUUCUACUUCACACGUCAAUUUUGCAGUUGGAGCUUCAAACGCCGAGUUGAGGAACUUAUCACUGGCACCAAGCAUACAAAGAUCUUUCAGUAUUCCUGCUGAAAAAUCAUCUCAAUCUAUUUUGAAUCCAGCUGAACAAACAGACAGUGGCAGUGGAGCUGGAUCCCAAGUGGAAAUGAAUUCUAG